UGUCAGCUACAAAAGGGACGUCUCCUUACCUAAACACUCACAAAGCUAACAGCAGCAGGACAGGAAACUUAUUUUAUCUGUAAACUGUCAGCAUUUUCUGUAAACGUCAUGGGGAUAUUGGAUGUUUUUCUCCAGUCCUCCAGUUCUCUCUCCCUGUUGGGGGCUCUGUUGGUCCUGCUGCUCGUCUACCUCAUCUCAUCCUCUAGCUUCACCUCCCAGGAGGAUGGGAAAGAUCCUCCAGGACCAAAACCACUUCCCCUGCUUGGGAAUCUGCUGCAGCUGGACCUCAAGAGACCCUACCAGUCAUUACUGGAGCUUUCCAAGAAAUAUGGGUCAGUGUUCACCGUCUAUCUGGGACCCAAGAAAGUCGUGGUCCUGGCUGGAUACAAGACAGUGAAGGAGGCACUUGUUAAUCAUGCUGAAGAGUUUGGAGACAGAGAUCCAAUACAACUUAUGCAUGAUGCUAGUAAAGGAAAUGGGGUUUUAUGGUCCAAUGGUGAUUCGUGGAAAGAGAUGAGGCGCUUUGCCUUGACCAACCUGAGAGACUUUGGGAUGGGCAAGAAGGCUUGUGAGGACAAAAUCAUUGAGGAAUGUGACUAUCUCCUUGAAGUGUUUAAGAAAUUUAAAGGAGAAGCUUUUGAUACAACUCAACCAAUGAACUAUGCAGUCUCUAACAUUAUCUGCUCAAUUGUUUAUGGCAGCAGAUUUGAAUAUGAUGACCCAGAAUUUACGUCCCUGGUGGAUCGAACAAACAGAAACAUUCAGCUUGCGGGCUCCCCAUCAAUACAGGUGUACAACAUGUUCCCAUGGAUCUUUAACUGGGUUUCUAACAGGAAGGAAGUCCAGAAGUUGGCCGGUGCCAAUAUUAAACAGAACUUACAGCUGUUCAGUCGUUUGAAAGAGACCCUCAAUCCACAGAUGUGCAGAGGAUUUGUGGAUGCCUUUCUGGUCCGAAAGCAAAAUCUGGAGGAAUCUGGGAUUACCAACAGUCACUUCCACGAUAAUAACCUUAUGGCAUCUGUCAUGAAUCUGUUUGCUGCCGGCACUGAUACAACAGCAACUACGCUGAGAUGGGGACUUCUGCUGAUGGCCAAGUAUCCAAAAAUACAGGACCAGGUCCAGGAGGAGCUGAACAGGGUAAUAGGAAGUCGUCAGGUGCAGGUUGAGGACAGGAAGAACCUGCCCUUCACUGACGCCGUCAUCCACGAGACACAAAGGCUGGCCAACAUCGUCCCCAUGGCACUUCCUCACAAAACAAGCCAAGACAUCACUUUCCAGGGUCACUUCAUUAAGAAGGGGACCACAGUGUAUCCUCUCUUGACUUCUGUCCUGUAUGAUGAGAGUGAGUGGGAGAGCCCACACACCUUUUAUCCUGCCCACUUCCUGGACAAAGAUGGAAAGUUUGUCAAGCGAGAUGCCUUCAUGCCUUUUUCUGCAGGCCGCAGGAUUUGUCUUGGAGAAAGUCUGGCCAGGAUGGAGCUCUUCAUCUUCUUCACCACCCUCCUGCAACACUUUCGCUUCUCUCCUGCACCUGGAGUUUCAGAGGAUGAACUGGAUCUGACUCCACGUGUGGGCUUAACCCUCAACCCUUCACCUCAUAAACUGUGCGCUGUUUCCUGUAUGUGAUCUGUAGUAGCUUGAAAAUGCUGCUUUGACUAUUUUCAUGACUUUAAUUCAGCUACAUUCAAGAAAGUACAGUAGAUUAUAUAAUUUGUACAGUGCUAUAUUCCAUGUAGUGCAACAGCAAUGAACAUGUUCAAUAUCAACUAAAUGUUCACUCUCCAGUUGUUCCUUCCAAAUCAUAAACUUGUUGUAAAUGCAGAUAGGACCAAAUUUAUUGUGUUUUCUCCAUUUGCUAGUGUCUGACUAUCAUUCCGUUAAAAAUUUAAAUGGUCUCCACACCCAUCUUGCUGAGCUGGGGAUGGUUGUAAGACAUUUGAAAAGUGUUCAAUUUCUCCAAUCAGGAACACGUUACAAAUCACCUGACUUACUCUGCACAUGCUCAGUUUAGUCCUUAUCCCAGAUGGGGAAUAGUAGCACCAUGUGGCAGGCACAGCCAAUUAUAAAAGAUAAAAAAUAAUUUUGAGGUAAGAAAGUAUUUUUAUAUUACUAAUAGCAUUGCCUGCUUUGUAGCUGAUCAAACUUAAUUCAUGUUUAUUGUGUGUCUAUGUAGAUCUCUUUCAUGCAAGUUGUUAGUGCUAAUGUUGUAGCUGUAAGCUACAAGGUAAGCUAGUUAAAAAAAAUGUUCAUUUGUAUUUAUGUUUUCUUUUAAUAUUUGUAUGUGUCUGACACCCACACAAUAAAGUUUGAUUGUUUUAUAUUUCUAUGUUUAAAUCCCCUCCCCGUGGGAGGAAUGUACAUGUAAAAAUCUGUACAUUCUUGAUUAAAAGCCAAGUGAAAUCUA